GUACUUGCUGCCUCUGUCAUCAGGUAUCACAACAUCCAAUGAGACAGUCAAACGUCGUGUUACCAAAGUUGCUAAGUUAGAUUGGUUUUCUCGGGCAUAUAGGGACUCUUACAUUAAUUAUGUUGGUAUAUCUGUGUUGAUUAUAUUGGUAGGUUAUCUAUGCUUGGAUCUAAUCCAACUGCGGUUAGUCGCGUGAUACAUAUGACCGCAAACGUAGUAGUGUCGUAGGGCCGAAUGAUUGGCACCACAGCAGGUGUCGUUCGUACUUAAUUCUGUAAGGGUUGCCAAUAAAGUUGUUCAUAUGUCCCCAAAAUAUUGAAUUAAUGGGGACUUUAACGAAACGUUUAGGGAUAUAAUAAACGUUUUAUGUUGGUGUACUUAGUAAUGUAAACAUGGCGGAAGUGGGUGUAAUGCGUGUACUUUUAUUAUUUUCAUCAUUUUAUAUAUUUAUGUACUGUGCAAAUUCUGCUGCAACGGAUAUUGAGCUCGAUGCUAAAGCACAGUUUACACAUCGUAUAGACAGUUUAAACUUGCUUUUAUACACAUUUUUGCUGAUACUCACAGUGUUGACAAUAUGGUUGUUCAAGCACCGGAGAUUCAGGUUUCUUCACGAAACAGGAUUAGCUGUCAUCUAUGGUCUGAUUGUGGGAGCAUUGAUUCGCUAUGCAGGCAGCAAGACACCAGUACUCCACAUGGCAGUCUCUCCAGAGAAAGACAGCAAAUACAACCUGUCACUGCCACCAGACACACUGUGGCUUCGAUUUCCCAACAGAGGUGGUAAUCCACCUCUAUCCAACAAGACCUAUGCAUAUGCCUUUCGCGAGGAGAUCGUGGAUGUUGAGGAUAAUGAGAUGGAUCUGAAAGCAACAUUUGAUCCUGAGAUAUUCUUUAAUAUAAUUUUGCCACCAAUAAUAUUCCAUGCUGGUUACAGCUUGAAGCGAAAGUACUUCUUCCGCAAUCUCGGAGCUAUCCUGACUUUUGCCCUGAUUGGUACGACCAUUUCAUCAUUUGUUGUGGGAGCCCUGAUGUAUGGAUUUACCUAUCUGAUGCCAAACCUCAAGGGCAGCUUCACUUUCUUGGACACCUUAUACUUUGGUGCCCUGAUUUCUUCUACAGAUCCUCUUACAAUCUUGGCAAUUUUUAAUGACCUGCAUGUGGAUGUGAACUUAUAUGCCCUAGUGUUUGGAGAAAGUGUCCUGAAUGAUGCAGUGGCUAUCGUGCUUAGUGGAUCAAUACAGAACUAUGGAGAACGUUACCAGUCAGGAACAGGUGGUUUUGAGACACAGGCCUUCUUCAGGGCACUGGGUGACUUCUUUGGUAUCUUCACCCUCUCUCUUCUAAUUGGAGCACUUAUGGGCUGCAUCACUGCUAUCUUAACCAAGUUUACGCAUGUGCGUGACUUCCCACUACUAGAAUCAGCACUGUUUGUGCUCAUGUCAUACAGCACAUUUCUCAUAGCUGAGGCUUCGGAACUCACAGGUGUAGUGGCAGUAUUGUUUUGUGGGAUUUGCCAGGCUCACUACACUUACAACAAUCUGUCACCAGACUCUAGGUCGCGGACCAAGAAACUUUUUGAGCUACUCAAUUUCUUAGCAGAGAACUUCAUUUUCUCAUACAUUGGAGUGUCUAUGUUCACAUUUCCUAAACAUCAUUUUGAUCCUGGUUUUAUCCUUGCUGGAUUUUUUUGUGCCAUGCUGGGGCGUGCAGUUAACAUCUAUCCACUGUCAUUUAUUUUGAAUUUAGGACGCAAGCCAAAGAUACCACUGAAUUUUCAGCACAUGCUGUUCUUUGCAGGUUUGCGUGGUGCCAUGUCAUUUGCUCUGGCUAUUCGGAACACUGUGUCAGAUGCAAGACAGGCGAUGUUAACAACUACGUCACUGAUUGUCAUUGUGACUGUGAUAGUGCAGGGAGGGGCCACAAUGCAGCUUCUCACUUGGUUCAAAAUACCGGUUGGAGUGGAUGAGGAGGUGGAGAUGCUGCCAUACACUGGAGUGAGGAGUGUUUACAAUUCGAUGGGGACGACAGAUGUGGCGGGUCCAUCAGUGGAGCAGAUUUGUGGUGAUGGAGAAGCAAGUCAGAGGGACAAGCAGAGUCCCAUGCUUGGGGAAAUUGCAGAUCAGACACGAGAAGGCAGUGCUGGAAGCAAGUUGAAUGACAAAGCAUGGCUGGCUCGCAUAUGGGGUGACUUUGAUGUAAAGUACAUGAAGCCUUUCCUGACCCAUGCUCGGCCCACUCUGCUAGAAACACUCCCAGUGUGCUGCAACCCUGUAGCUAGGAUCUUGACUACAACAGAACAGAUGACACAGGAGAAUCUGUCCCGAUCUCGGGUAGACUCAGAUUCUGACCUCUGUAUUGAUGAAAAUGAGCUCAGCUAUGGAAAUCAGCAGAGAACAAGUGCCCAGAGGGAGGAUGCAGACAUUCGCAGUCAGCUAAGUGUCGAAGCCCACAAUUUCAUGUAGGACUGUUUAUUUGUUGCUUGGAGCAUUCUACUUGGAGUGACAGUCUAAUUGCCUCUGGAGACCUGGGCCUAGGUAGUCGAUUUGUGGAUACAAGAGUGCGUGUGCCUGGACCUGGAGGGAAGGACAUGUAGGUGCGAGUUGUGAUUGUAUUGGUGCAAUGGCUGUGAACAUUAAGGGCUACUAAAAUGUAGAUUUUUGGGUUCUUUCUGGGAGUGCUGUACAGUGCAAGAUAGAAUCUAGCACCACAUCAGCUACCGAAAAUUUGGUUGUUAUUGGGUGUCAUCUGUUCGGGAGGUGCCACACACAGCACGUCAUUGAAUUCAGCAUUGCUGUAACAGCUACUGAAGAUUUUGGUUGAUACUGGAUGUCCUCAGUUUGGGAGUGCUAUACAGAGAGUACAUGAUUGAUUUCAGUAUUAUAUGCAUCAGGUGUUGAAGAUUUAGGCUUAUAUUGGCCUUCAGUUUGGGAGUGGUGUACACAGUGCAUGAUUUAAUUCAGUAUUACUUUUUCACAUCUGUUUAAGAUUUAGGUUGUGGGUGCCUUCUGGUUGGUAGUGCUGAAUACAAUGGAAAAUUUAAUCCAGCAUGUGCAUGCUGCAUAGCUUAUGUUUUCCAUCACAGACAAGUAAAAUCCUCAUCAGAGACUAGAGCAGUGUAUUUUCUAUCUUGGCUUGUUAUCCAUUACCCCCACCCCUUGCUAUAAGGUAUAGAAAUGCAAGGUUUAAUCAAAGUGAUGAGCCUAAACUUACAGAAUGUAUUUGCACCUUAUAUGCAUAUUAAUAUUUUGCGUUAUUACAUGUUGCAUUUUGUAUGUCAAGUUCAGUAGCAUUUGCAAUUGUAAAAAAACCAUUCAUCCAUAUCAUCAAAAGAAAAGGUGGGAGUAGCUUAGUGAAAGGGAAAAAGAUGUAACAGCAGGAUCUGUACUUAAACAUUUAAUCAUGAGCUCUAUAUCUUUCUACCAGACAGAAGCUGAAUGGUAGAGUUCAUAUUGAAAAUUGUCCUUUGUAAAUAUAAAUCAUGAAAGGCAUAAUCAUAUGUAACAAGCUGGUGAUAUGAUGUUCUAGCCAGUAAUAGAGCAGAAUUUGUGUCAGACAUACAAGGGGGGCAGGGGGGAUAUCAGUUUUAUGAUGUAUGUCUAGAAAGAAUUUAAGAUGCCUCCUUUUGUUUGAAUACUUAUUCUAAAAAAGGAAGUGUUCAGAAUUUAUCAGGUGAUAAUUAUACUACUCACUGAUAUGUUAUUAUAAAUAAUUUUUGCUUAUAUAUAUUUCCAAUACUGAAAAUUGUACUACAUAAUUUCAAAGUUUUGUAUUAUUGCUGUGUUUGUAAUUUUGUCACAAACUUCAUAGUUUUUGUAAAUGCCUGCGGCCACACCAAAUUUGAGUUUCGUAGUUUUAGUGAGAAUGUUAUCACUUUUUCACACUGGAAAUCAACUUGUAAGUUUCAAGCAGUUGUCAGUUUGUUAUGUGGAAGAUGGGG